UCCUAUAUAUCUCCCUACUCAAUACCCCACCUUCAUCUUCUUCCUCUCCAACCUUUCUCUAUCCUGUGUUUCAGAUAUUUUACCAUAAAAAACUACAAAGAAAAAAGUCUAUUGGCUUAUUUGUCAAAAACCCACGUCAUUAAACUACUCAAUAUCAUCAAAUUAACUCUAAUUAUUCCUAAUUAUACUUAAGUAUUUAUCUAAUUUGAUCAAAAUGAUGAUCGGAAAAAGAAACAGGGGAUUCAAAUUGGGCCGGAAAUUGAUUCGGGGUUUUAAAUGGAUCAUCCGGAGAAGAUCAAAAUUAAGCAAAUAUGAGAAGUUAGAAAAAAGCAAGACAAUUUCGAGAUUGUGCAAUUGGGGAAGGAAGAUUAAACGCGGAUUGCUUAACUCGGUAGCAACUCGGGGAUACGUACGAGUUGGUCAUGACUCAGUGAUUGACUCAAAACCGAUUCACAUUCCGAAGGGGCAUCUGGCUGUACACGUGGAGGAGCCAGAAGGUGACACACGGCGUGUUCUGGUGCCUAUUCUGUUCUUGAAUCAUCCUCUGUUUGGGAAGUUGUUGGAAGAGGCAGAGAAUGUUUAUGGGUUUGAUCAUCCGGGUCGGAUAACUAUACCAUGUCCAAUAUCGGAAUUUGAGAAUGUUCAGAUGAGGAUUGCUGCAGGAAAUCGGAAAUGUCUGCCCCGACCCGGAGGUUAUUGUCCAAAUAAUAAUAUUUCCGGAGCCAAAUGUUUGUUUCUAUGAUUGGUUUGAGAUCAAACAAUAAUAUUUUAAUUUAUAUUUGCUCCGUCUAAAUGAAUUUGCUUCGAAGAUAAAGUUGGGAAAGAAAAAUUAAUCCCUCUGACCAGACGGUGAGAAUCGAACGAUUAUUAUAAAGGUGAAAUUAAAAGCCUUUUAUUACUAGAUUAGUACAUAAUUAUGGUCCAUAAAUUUAUUAUUGAUUGUGAUCGAAUUUGCAUUCGUUAAUAGGCGUCGAUUAAAUAGAGAAAUAUUUUUGUGUAUGUUUUUUUCACUUUGAGGUAGUUGUAGUAUUUGAAAAGGUAGUUAAUCCAUUAGGGUUGUACAUACUACAUAGUACAUGUUUGUAAUAUA